AGCACGCAGAGGUGGACACGACACGAAUGACUGCUUCGGGGACGAAAGUGCGGAUAUUUAUCGAAACAUGCUACCGCGGCGUAGUUUAACAACGACAAAGUGCCCAUGUUAGCCAAAGGAAGCUGGGCGAGCUGCGCGGCAAACUCGGAACGCGUGCAGGUUGGCGUGUCUCCGUGAAAUGAGCGACUCCGGAGAGUCUGUGCGGCCGCCGUUGCUCCAACGGCGGCGGCUACUGUUGUCAACUGCGACUUUUCUGUGGGUGUUGUCAGCGGCUGCGGAAGCACUUGAUGUGAAUGUCACCAACGAUGGACCCGCCAUCCUGGACUCGACGAUCACCUUCCGGGCGCAGUUGGUCGGCGGCGAGUACCCCACUCUCUACUAUGUCUUCCGCCACAACGUGCCAUCGGCAGAGGAGCCAGAGAUGAUUACCAACGGAACGGAGGCUGUGCUGCCGAUUACCUUCCUUGCCUACAGGCACCCGCCGGGGGAGUACCUCAUGACUGUCUCUGUGCUGAAGGAGUACUUCUUCUCGAAGCACAAGAUUGCUGAGGGGUCCUGCAAGUUCCUGCUUACCCGGGACAUUGUGGGCAAAAUUGUGGCCUCCCAGGACGGCCACGUCCUGCCAGAUGACCAGACCAUCGUGUCCACAAACCGAACGACAAACUUCACGUUCGAGCUGCACGAUCCCAGUGGCUAUUUCACCAACUCGUCCAACAGCUUGUCUUGGAAGCUGGACUACGGCCUGUCUCAUUACGCUCCGUACUACACCAUAAACUUCACCGACACGAACGUUCAUACCGUGAACCUUAUCAUGGUGGCCCUUGUAACCAGGCCAAACUCCACGUCUCCGCAAGUCAAGCUCGGUUCCUUCUCACGUAACAUUGCUCCCAAAGACCCCAUAACAGGUGUCAGCGUCCAAGGGAACGUCUGGCUUCGCCGUGGUGAUGUCGUCUCGCUCCAGGUGUCGUGCAACGGCAGUGCCCCCUACAACUACUGCUGGAAGUACCUGCCGGGCAAUGCGACCAGCAACUCGACAGCAAACCUGACCUGCGAUGAGCCGAUUUCGACCAACCAGUGCCAGUUCCCGCUGGUGCACUACUUCCCUCAGGAUGGCUCGCACUUCAUCGCCAUCCUCGUGAGCAACAUUGUCCAGGCGAAGCCGUACAUCAAGAACAUCGAGGUGCACAUCUACGACGUGUCCCAGCAGCAGCAGCUGUCUACCAUUGUGGUGCCCAUCGUGUGCUCUGUGUUUGCCCUGGUCAUCGUGGCCUUGGGCAUCGCCUACCACAUGCACACAAGGAACCAGCUGCGCAUUGAGGUUGCCGACUUCGAUUUCAACGAACCACCUACGGACGACCUGGUGGAGAAGACAUUUGCAGACCGCCUCCGCAGCGCCCUUUUGCAAGCCCUACUGGGUGCCACCGACGACGACGCGGAGGCCGAGUCUAACGUGUCACCGACAGCUUCCAACAUUCGCCACCCCGUCGCUGCCAGCCGAGAGGAACUGCAUCUGGUCAGGAGAUCUUACGGCACUAUCGCGUGACUCAGUGAACCAACAAUCCACGACAGUUCUACAUGCAUCAGGCCCCGUGGAGGAGUCGCCUCAGGCCAACGACAGAGCACCAUAGCGCCUGUGCUGACCAAUGAGUCAAGAGGGUUCGGAGCAGCUCUCGGAGAAAGGAGAGGAGACAGGAUCCAGGCCUGUUGAGGGGUCCUGGAGUGUGCGGUCCAUGCAGUGUGCAUGGAGGUUAUCUGGGGGAAGUACUGGACAACUUAAGUCACAGAUGGGCAUAGUGACUGUUACGCUCUGCUCAACUUGCUCCUGAUAAUGAGGGAUGUACUAAUCUAGUAGCCAGUGCACCAGUGUGAUAAGGACACUGAAACAAAAAGUGACGUUUGAAAAGGAAAGAAACAAUCGAUGUUAUGACUUGUCUCUUUCUGAUAUCUACCUGAUGUUUGCAGAUUUCAACCCAGCGCUAUAAAUUAAGAAGUGUUUUAUAGAAAAAUCGAAUGUAUUCGUACACUUACUUGAGGUAUAUAUUUCGGCAUCAGAUUUACCGUGUUUUUUGAAGCACCUUCGAACAAGUGCUGCCUGUGCCUUGAAUGGUUUGGCAAGGCUGCAUACUGUGAGAUGAGAAUAAUUUAUAGAUAGGAAAUAAUGUCUAAAAGCAACACAGAGGCUAUGAGAGAUACCACAGUAGAGGGCUGCAGAUUAAUUUUGACCACCUGAGUUCUUUAACAUGCAUUCAAGACUGGGUGCACGAGUGUUUUGGUAUUUUGCUCCUGUUAACCCUUUCACUGCCGGGUUUUUUUCUGACUGCUCCUCACCCCCUGCUGGGUAUUUUUUUCAUGUUGGUUCAGUGGAAAUUUCAUGCUAGUAAUGCACCAUGAUACUCCACAGGACAUGUAAAGAUAUUCAUCAGCAGUUCUUGAAUUUCUUCGUCCGUCAAAGCGCGGACGCAUGUGGCGCGCUGACUCGCCAUGGCUGCUGUGCUCUGCCGAGACAAAGUGACGCGGGUGUAAACACGUGCGCUCUAUCUGUUGUCUAAAAUUUAAUUUACAAGUUCUAUGUGUUUAGGUGACCUCUCCAUAGAUGAAGGGACAUGAACACAAUUUUUUUUUUUUUUGCACGAGUUGUCUCGGGAGGGGCAGGGAGUGAGUUUAAAAAGCAGCACGAGUAUACUCGGGAGUAGCAGGGGGUGCGCGUGGGUGGUUUCACAAGUUAUCUCAGUAGUGGCAGUUAAAGGGUUAAAAUGUAGCUGCUGUGGCUGAAAAUCAAACUCUUGAACUCGUGCUAAACAGCAGAAUGCUGUAUUCAUUUAGCCAUCACAUUGGCUUGCCAAGAUGGGCAACGAAACGGCAGUUAAAUUUCUUUUCGGGUGCUGUAUGAUUUCAUAUUGAUACGUACGUCGAUUGAAGAAGGUCGGAACACAGUCAUUCCGGCAAAGACAAUGACUGACGAAGAAAAGACUCGCAGUGCUAGCUGUUAGCUAGACUGGGCAGCUUUGCGAUUCGUUGUGUAAAUACUACAUAGUCUACUGUCUUCUGUGUUAUCGGUGCUUCAUUCACGUAACGAAAUGAACAUCCAGCGUAUGACAUCGACAACUCUUGGUAGUAUGCUGAAAUAGUUGCUGUGCCCCCUGGCAAUUGCUUUUUUUUUUAGAAGCACCUGUUUUAAACUAGCCAGCACUGCAGUUGCCAUUUGAAGUGCCUUGGAACAUCUAAAAUACACUCUUGAAGUAGACAUAUUUGUCACAUUUUGUGUUUUGUUAUUGACACCAUAGCCCUUGCUGACAGUAACUUUACGGUCGUCGCUGGCCAAUGUGAUUCAUCAGUAACAGUUCCUCGGAUCCACAGUCAGACCUCAAUAUAACGACCACAUAUAUAACAAAAGAGUAAGAAAGGGAAAGAAAGACAAGGAGGUUAGCCAGUGUAAAUACCAGCUGGCUACCCUGUACUGGGGAAGGGGUAAAGGGAAUAAAAGGUAAUAGAAGAAACAAAUAAAAAAAUAAAAAAAUUGAAGUAAGAAAAAUUAGCGCAAUAACACAAUCCUAUGCGCUACAGCGUUCAAAGCCGGUCGCACAAUCCACAAGCCCUUAAGAACUUCAGCAGAGCCCUUAAGGCCUUGAGUGUCGAAGCCCGUCUUGACCAGUGUCCUAAAACUUUUUCCUCAUUGAAGGGGCGAUUGUCCAGUUUUUCAAGUGCAGUGGCGAGCCCUUUUCUUGCCAUAUUGUAGCAGGGGACAGUCACAGAGGAGGUGCUUGAUUGUCUCCUUGCAGCCACAGUUGUCGAAAGCAGGGCUGUCGGCCAUUCCAAUGCGGAAGGAAUAGGCGUUCAUGAAUGCCACGCCGAGCCACAGGCGGCACAGAAGUGUUGCUUCCACUUGUGGUAACCAUGGUGGAAAACGGAGUUGCAGACGUGGAUCCAAUCUGUGGGGGCGUGCGUUGCUGAAAUCACUGGUGUUCCACAGAGUCUGCGUAAGCUCACGUGUGAGGGAAUGAAGCUUUGUGGCUGCGUCUGUUCUCGACAGUGGUAUUGAUAUAAUAGGGGCACCAUUGUGGGCCGAUCGGGCAGCGUCAUCCGCACUGUGAUUUCCCGAAAUUCCGGAGUGACCUGGUCCACUGGUAGGUGAUGUUGUGCCCCUUGUCGGUUGCGUGAUGGUGAAGUAGUCAGAUGUCUGCGGCUAAUUGUGCGUUAGGUCCGUGGUUGAAAGUCACCGCUGUUACAGUGCAACAUAUAUAUCUUUAUAAUGAAUAGUGGAUAUAACGAAGCCAUUUUCUUGUUGGAUACAAAUUCACUAUAACGAGGUUCAACUGAACUCGCUACCGGCUGUUUGAUUGCAACGUGCAAACACGUUCAUUUCGCAGCUACUUGGGAUGCAUUGUGAGCAGCUGCAUUUAGAGGUUGUAUCCAAUUGGUACCUCUGUCAGGACUGGGCUGUUUGUACCGACAACUUCCCAGAGUGCCACAUUUGUGAUCAGAGCAUGUGUAACACUUUGCAGUGGUUGAUAUUGAUGUGCUGGAAGAGUAUAGGGACCUAUGCAGCAGGGAAGCCUCCUUAGUCUCGAGAAACCCCACUACCCUUUGAAAGAGUGGGAAUACUACUGUGAGGGUCUUGCAUACCUUCCACAGCUGAAGUAAGGAGUAUGUAACAGCACAUAUCGUAAAAUAAGAACUGUAUUAAGCAUUCACAACCAGUUAAACAUUUCCACUGCACGGAAGUAAGAGUCUAAACAAUACGUAUGCUAAUGUAUGCAAAUGUGAGGGAUGAAUCUGCUUUUGUUUGAAUCGAAAGUCAAUGUGCAACUCCGUGAGGCUCUAUACCAAAGUCAAGUUGUUUGCUGCUUCCAAGUGGCUUCAGUAGUUAUUUUUGUUGUUGUUUUUUCGCACAGUGAAUAGACUGCCUGUUUGUAGAAGGAAGCAGCAUAUUCAUUGCUGCAUCGUUGCAUGGUGGACGUGUAGCAACUGGUACAGUGGCGCACCGACGGGGGGGGGGGGUUCGGGGGUUGUAACCCCCCCCCCUGAGGCCGACCUAACCCCCUUCUUUUGUUUAACCCCUUUUCUUUCAUUGCGCAUUUGAGUACUGCAACUAAGAUGCAAGACGCGCAAUCGUCUGCACACUCGCAAAAAGCGCAUUUUUUGACAAUUUCCUGUGAAGAAAUUGAAAUUAGUGCUUUUUUGAUGGUAUUGGCAAAUUGUCAACCCCCCACUGGCAGAGAUCCUGGUUGCGCUACUGAACUGGUAACAUUGCAGCAGGGAAUAAAAGAGAUUGGGAUGGGGUGUUGUGCAUGCAUUUAAGUUGUUGGUUGUUCAUGGCCUUCAUAAAGUAAUCAAAACCUUGGUGAGUAAUGUGUAACCGAGCUUGCAAAAUUGUGUUUUGGUAUUCCCUGCUGUAGCUGUUUAUGUAGCAGGUUAUAUAAAUAAUUAGAGGAGGGGCAGGUACAUCUGUUGGUGCUGGUGCUCAUUUAAAGUGCCAUGAUUUCAUCCUUGAGGUUGUUGGGUAAGUGGAACUCAGUUCCAGGAAACUUGCAAUCCAUAGUCGCUAUGGGUGGAUCGUCACUGUUUUUGUUGUGCUACUCCACUUAGGCAGCAAAGCUAAGCUCACUAGUCUGAACCUGUGAUCAAAAUAAGCCAGUCGGCUGGGCAGCCAUUGUAUGUGCUUCGCUGGCAUUACGCUUUUUUGGAAUUUGCGUGUGGUUGGUUGUUCACAACGCUAGUAUCAUUUCUGUCAAAGGAUGUUUGUUCCAAACUUGUAUCAAGUUUGUGAGCUCACUUCCCGAUUAAUGUGUGCCUUUUGCUUGCAAUCAAUGGCCUUGCAAAUACCUCUAGUGUGUGGGGUGGCGUGUCUCAUAUCAUUGACUUUUGAAAAACUUGUAUUAUGGCUGCCGAGAGUUAUGUGCAGAAUAGUGGCAGGCUGAAUAUGAGGUCUCCCGUAGAGAUUAGUUUGUGCCAAUCCAUUGUAAAUACAUCGCACAGAAGUUUGUGUGAAGAUUAAUUGGGACACUUGAUUAUCGCAUUUGUGAUUGUUGCAUUUUGUUGGCACGUAGGUGUCACGGUGUUGAGUGUCUACUUGCUGAUAAAACUAUCUUAAAUAGGGGUGUUCAAAUAGGGAAACUUCCUAAUUGAAUUGAAUUACUUUUGAAUGUCAAAUUCAAGGUAUUUUCAUUUCUAAAUAAAGUGAACUUUAAAGAUUGUGUGAAGUCCAUCUGGGGAUAAAAAAAAUAUUUGUUGCAUCAUUUGAUAAAUGUAAAGUUGCUCAGAACUGGACGUGCAGUCAGCUAAGCAACAUUUAAGUGAAAAACGACUGAAUGACAAUCAUAUCUGUAUGAAACAAGGGAACAGCCCGUCACCACCGGCGUGUAGAGUGUUGUGGUCGUUGAAAGAGUAAAUUGUAAUACGAUAUCACUUCGCUUUGUUUUAAAGCAAUACAGGAAUGACAAGAUUCUGAAAAUUAGAAGUUUUGUUGUCUAAAUUGAGAAAAUUUUCUGGGCUGCUUAAGACAAGACAUCCUUAUUGAAUGACUGGAAGUAAUUCAGGAGAAGUCAGCUAAAUCAUGCGUUCUCUCAGCAACCAGUGCAUUUGUGCUGAAAUGAUAGUUGCCCUGCAAUAGGAUCAUUUGGAACAUUCACCACUUGCAUCUGUGUUUAUCUCUGUAGUCUCCAAUAACUGCUGUUAUUCCUUAUAUUUGAACAUGAGCAACUUCAGGUAGUGAAUUAUUGAAUUUAAUACAAAUCGAACAGCAAAGACUAUUGAAUUUGUAUUUGAAAUUUCAAAUAUUUUUACACCCCUAAUUCUAAGUAUGUGGAGUUCUGUGAUGGAAUUAAAUUCUUAACCUUUAAUUACAGGAAAGAAUUGGAGUGACACAAAAUUGAGUUCAAAAGCAAUACUGUUUAAAUUUAGCGUCGCAUCAAAUUGAUUAUGAUGACCUAUAGUUUGACAUCAUGUCCCUUGAAGUGUGCAGUGGCUUCACGCUUAGCUAAGUUGAAAUGAUGAUCCCUGAAAUCAGGCCUACCCGACUCUUGAUGUCGACUCGUGUGAGUGUGGCCUUAUUAAGUGAAAAUGAGCUCCUAAUAGAUAAAAUAUUACAGGGCACAAUUUUUGUUGAAAUUGUGUUGCAUUGCUAGUUAUAUCCCAUUCCAUCGCUUUAGGUAAUAGCAGCAGAUCUGAUUUUUCUGUCUGUUGACAUGCAAUGCCUGGAAGAGUGUGCCUUGUCCAACUGUAAAGAAAAAAGUUUUCUAUGCUGAAAUCUAGGUUCGCUGGUGUGCAUCCGUGUUUUGAAGAAGCAGCACAAAAGAUGCUGACAGAUAUUCAGACGACGACAUAGUCUUCUGAUUCUUUGUCUGCAUCUUCUGCACUGCUUUUUAAAACAUGGAUAAUAUUUUUGCUCUCUUGCACUUGGAUGUCUGGCUAUGGCCUUGUUACAUGCUGUGUCAGCACCCCUUCCUACUGUAUUUCAAGUUGGAUGUUUUAACCUACUCAAUGUAGUUGUGAACCUAUAGAAGUGUAGUUGUGGUUGCUUUAUGUAUAUUGUGUGUGCCCAGAACUUCCAGUCAUACGUAAUUUAAAAUGUGGCACGAGGCAUGAAUACAGUCUUCCCAAAGACACCUGAUGAAAUGUUACACCUUUUUGAAUCUAUUUCUGUUGUGCGAAAGCAUAUUGUUAUAAUUCCUCUGCGCUCUUCCUUUUUUGUUGACUGUUUUGCUGGCAGAGUCUUUUAAAAAGAGCAUCUAGCAAUGCAAGCAGCACUUAUUUACACAUGCUCAUCGUAGUUUGAGAGCUGCUGAGGAUAAUCUUGAAUCUUUGUGCACUGCAGAGAUUUGACCACAGCCGCUGACUGUGUUUAUGUCAAAGUGAAAUCUCUAAUGCAAUCUUCCAUGUUGUGUAUCACUAUUUUAUAUACAGACUAUGUGGUGUUAUGCAUUUAUUUUGCUUUAAUUUCAGUGAUAUUAAAGUGUGUACUCCUGUCUUGCUAUUUGAAUUUUAUAUAUAUGGCCUUUCAUUGUUGUUCAAGGAUGUUGUCUAUUGCGGGAAACUUUCACAUAUUGCAGGACAUUGUAUAUAUGAAUUGUAUUGUGAUGCAUUUAUAUUAUUUCCCUCUAUACGGUGCUCUAUAUGUACAAUGCAAGUUUAAAAUUUUUAGUGCGAUUUCAAAUUGGUUUAAUAGUUAACGUGUUUCUAGGCUAUUGUAAUAUUAGAGCAUGCGAAUCACGAAGUAGCGUAUGUGUUUAUUAAAAAUGUCUUGCUGUGAAGAAUUAAUUUUGUGGCUGAAGUUUGGGCGUUAUAUUUACCAAAAAUUGCCAUGUAUCUCUUGCUUUUUCGCCAAUAUAUACUGUGCCAAGCAAGGACGCCCCUCCCCCAAAAUUUAUGCUUAGUUUUGUCUGUGCUUGCCCUACAUUGGGAAUAAGUUAAGCUAGUAGCCAAAGUGUUUGCGUUCUAAGUCUGACCACUCCUGCUGUGAGUGUGUAAAACACAUCACUCACAGAUUUGACUCACUUCACGCUGAUCUUGCUAACACCUUCAGCAACACUUAUCAACCCUUUUCAAGGAUACCACAUCUGAUGGGGUACACUUACUGGUUCAUGUGGUAUUUUAUUUAUCUAGAGCACCUCAUUUUGUCUUGCCUCUGAAGCACCAUGGUGCCAGGUGUGGUUAUGCUCAGCCCAUGACAAACCAUAGCUUACAUGUUCCUACUACUGCACAACUUGUGCGUCCUGCUGGAAGCGAUGGUUUUGCUUCCAUGUUUGUGCUUGUGUAAAUGUUUUGAGAGGGGUAGGAAUAUCUUGAAUGGAAUAUUUGUGUUGUAUGUUACAUUAUGGUUCCAGUAACCGUACGACUACUGUGUGGUUCACUUAUAGUGCAGACAUUUUUGUUGAAGAGAAUAGUAUUGACUUUUCACUAACCUGUUGCUUUUAUGAGAUGUAAAUAAAUGUUUGGCCACUUCUCUAUAA